CUGUUGCAAUUCAGGAAGAAUAGUUGUCAAACUAUACAUAUAUAGUUUUCACUCUGUUCUGUAUGUGGUGUUUUAUAAAAAUGAAAACUCUUAUGUGGAGUCCUAACUUGUAAUAAAAGAGCAAAUCUGAUUUGCUCUGUUCAGGACAAGGGAGUAGGGUGGAUAGACUUAGGGGUCAUUUGGCAUACCUCUUCUUCUGUGCCUAAUUUUAUAGAUGGGAUCAGAGCCUACUGAUGGUGAGAGUUUUGCCCAAGAUCCCAGCCGGCUGGUGACAGGGCUGUGGCAAGGGCGUGCUCUAGUCCAGAAGUUACUGUUUUGGUAUUUCCUCUUUUUUCCCCUGUUGCUGGUAAAUGUUGCAUGUGUCCCAGUGAACUGUGCGUUGUCAUAUGUUCCUCCUCUCCACUGAAGGUGGGAAGAAUAAAUGACUCAGAUUAAAGACCCUUCCAGGACAGAACGAUUGCUCAGGAUUCCUAAAGUGUCCUUGGAGUGCCUUGCGGGGACCCCAGACAGACUGACUGGUGGUCAACUUUGCCACGACCUGAAAUGGAGAAGAGGAGCUUCCAGCCAUCAGGAAGGACGUCCACAAUUUUUUAUCAAAGUGCUUCAAACAGCAGAGGAGAGUGAUUUUAUAUUGUGGGUCUUAGUUCCCAUACCGUGCCUGGGUGCCUCGGUACACUGCAGCAAACUCAUAUUCAAAGGCAGGGAAAGUUGAAAAUCAACACAUGUCAAACUCCAUGUGAAUUUCUAGCUUGAGGUGAUUCGCAGUUUCAACACUGAAUCAUGCUACAUCCCUUUUGAUGACUUUGUGUCUUUGCAAAGCUGGGUUUCCAGUGGGCAUUUGGGCCUAACUACUUUAUAAAUAAACUGUUAGAUAUUUCUUUUGGCCUAAGGAUACCAUAGACAAUUACUGAGAUACCAAGGGCUCUAUGAACCAAGACAGUUUGGGAACUUCUGUCCUAGACGAUUGCCAAAUAGACAUAUUACAAGCAUAAAAUUUCUUCUGAAUCUUCAUGUCUUCUUUUAUUGAUCAUAGAAAUUUUACUUUCUGUGUGUCAUAAUAUAUUUAUUCCAUUCACUCCGUGAAUAGUUAUUGAGCACUAGAGUACGUGCCAAGCCAGGAGAGUGUGGUGCAUAAAAAUGACAGUUGAGCUGAGGUCUGAAGAAUGAGUAGGAGUAACUAGCGCAGGGCAUUCCAGGAGCACACGAAGGCUCUGGGGCAGGAAUAUAGAGAUGCAAACUGGAGGGUAGCUAAGGAUGAGAUCGGAGAGAUGAGUGGGUAUUUAUGUUUGCUUCAGUGUGAAAAUAAUGACUUAAAUGACUUAACAGUCUGUUCAUGGCUUCAGCCUACAAGCACGUUGCUGCAUAUCCUCAUGUUAAUGAACUUAACAAGGUGGACUUUCUUCUUGCCAGCGUGCCAGCCCUACCUUCCCCACCAUGUGCCAGAUACAGAGGUGCAUGAGUGUGGUGAAACGAGUUCUUUUAUGUGGCCUUUUGCCUCGGUUCUUGGGAAAAAACAACUUAAGAGAUUUUCCCCCUAAGCCCAGAGGAGCUAUGUUUGCCCUAGUCCUUUGAAGAAGCAACUUGGAGGAGGGGCUCCCAGGUUGUUUUUUUACCCUAGAGGGUUUGUUACUUUUGUCCAGGUUGGUUGACAUUUCCUGGGUAAGCUGUAAACAACUUUUUGUUUGGCCCUGGGCUGUGGUCAGCCCUGUGAUUGGUCUGUUUUACACACCCUGCAGGGAUUGGUCGAUUUACUAUGCAAAUUGAGUGACUUGCAAUCCAUCAAGAAGAUUGCUCAGUUUGUAGUCUUGCUGGGAGGGCCAUGCCUUGAAAUUGACCAGGAGUUUGCUUAUAUAAGCAGCCAACCCUACAGAGGUUUUUAGAAGCAAGGAGAGAAGAAAGAAGAAGCAGAGAGAGGAGGUGAGGAACCUUCUAAAAGAGCUGUAAAAUGGGUCAAAGACUGUAACAUCGAAGAGAGCGAAAGGCCUGGAAGGGGACCUGCUACAGAGUCAUUGGUGACGGCAGAAAGCUGCUGCCAGGAAAGCAGCUAAGAGAGUUGAGCAAGCUGUCACACUGGCUGUGAGAAGGGGCCAGUUAGCAGUAGAGAGGCCGACAGUGGGAAAGCUGAAGGCAGAGAGGCCUGCACAGUUGAGAGGGGGUGUGUACGGCUGAGAGGAGCCCUGCACAGCGGAGAGGGGGUGUGCAGUAUGCACGGCCAAGAGGAGGUUAGCACAGUUGAGAGGGGGGCCUGCUAGCACAGCGGAGAGGGAGCCUGCAUGGCCCAGAGGGGGCGUGCAGAGCUGAGAGAAGGGCCUGCUUGCUUGCAUGGCCGAGAGAAGCUGAGAAAGCUGUUCCGCACUGAAGGGUGGCAGGUACUCCUGUUUUGGGGGAUCCUUCCAGACCUUUCCUACAUGCUUCCUGAUCCUAAUCCCAAGCUGCAGCCUGUUACCUCCAAGUGGAUCCAGAUUCUGAGUUGUAGCUUAUCACUUCCUUAAUAAACCAUUUAACUGUAAGCACAGUUUGUGAGUUCUGUGAGGUGUUGCAGUGAAUUGCUGAACCCAAAUGGGAGAGGGAAGAGUGCUGACGGGACAUGGAAUGGCUGGUGUCGGAGAUGGACUGGCACAGCAGCUUGGAGAAAUUGGAAAUCUGGGAUAUAUUUGACGUCUGCCUCAUAGGAAUCAGCUUUGUGCCGAUUCAUAUUUAUGAAAUUAUUUGAUUAAUCAAACACUGUUCUUUUCCCUCAUGGAGCUCACAGCAGAGCACGAGAGAGAGACACGUGUACAACUAACUCUUCUACUUAGAUGGGUGGUGAACACGGCCCUUUGCCUCUCAUUAACCUUUACCUUGGUUGAGCUACUUACUCCCUUGGGGCCUUAGAUUCUCCAUUUUUAGGGCCAGGGCUUGGAUAAAAUGAUCUCUGGGGUCCUUUCUACUGCACUUUGCAGUCCUUUUCUGUCAGAAAUUGUUUUACACUUCAGAGUCAAAGCUACUAGAACAUUCUCCGUUCUACUGAGACCCCAGGUCUGAUUGCCAGGCAGUGUCUAACGUUCUGACAAAAACACCCAGCUGGUUCCAGUCAGACUCAGAAUGCCUGUUCUGUCAUGGUUCUGUGGAACAGGUCCUUCCAGAAGUCAUCAAAGCAGGUCCUAAAUGCCUCUCUGUCCAUGGUUUUGUGGGAGCUUGACAGAGGUUUAUGGGCUUGACAGACAACUGUGAUAGGGCUAGAUAGAAAGGCAUGACCAACAUUGACUAAAUACUAAAUGUGUUUAUAAGCUAAUACUUAAAUAUGAAUAGUAUUCUCUGUGGACACUGGAGUUAAAUUUGCUUUUUAAUGUUGGAUAAACUGAGAUUAUCUCAGGAUGUCACCCAUUAGAAGAACACCUCCAAGCAAUGAGAAAACAAGUCCCAGAACCAAGCUUGAGGGCCUGUUCUGAGUGGCCUGUUCCCAGUAGGUUACAGGAUGGUGGGACAAUGCCCAGAGUCCUCUGAUGUUAGGGUGCUCUACCUGCUCAGGGUCAGCUCUGUGGUUUCCUGAAGGCAGUGACAGCUAACAGAAGUCAUAUGAAGCAAUUUCACUUUGCUAAGAUAUGACUAAGGCAUUCCUCACUGAGUGAGCCGUGAUUCUGGUAAAAGUGGCCCCACUUGAAAAUAGCACUGAUUACAAAAUGAGAUGAUUCAGAUUCUGAAGCUGAGCCCAGCCUUGCUGAUAAGGGGCAGAAGUAAACUACUGAGGUUUCAGGUACUGUCACUCUGGCCUUUGUUCACUCAUAUCAGAUCUGUCUACCUGGAAGAUUUCAAUAGUGGAAGGAUCAGUUGAUCAUCCUUCAGGGGAACUAGGUUGACAUGUUGGGGAUCCCCAAGACCACCCUCAAGUUCAGUGGUUCGCUAGAAAGACUCACAGAACUCAGAAAAGCUGUUACAUUCACAGUUAUGGUUUAUUACAGCAGAAGGAUACAGAUAUAAAUAAGCAAAGGAAAACGGUGUAGAGGCAGAGUCUAGGAGAAACUAGGCAUGAGCUUCUGAUUGUCCUCUCCCAGAGGAGGUAUAAACAGUGCUUAAUUCUCCCAGCAAUGAUGAGUGACAACACAUACGAAGUGUUGCCAACCAGGGAAACUCACCCAAGCUUUGGUGUCCAGGGAUUUUACUGGGGGUCAGUCCAAUGGCAUGAAGCAUCCUUGUGACUGACCUUAGCUACUCAAUUUCCAGCCCCCCAGAGGUCAAACUGAUACAGUGUGACCAGAACCCUAGAUGAACAAAAACAAGCAUUUCACCAUAAAUCACGUUGUUAGCAUAAAUUAUCUGGCAUGGCCCAAGGUCUCAAGUACACAAAGAUACUCUUAUCAGGUAGGGUAUUCCAGGGGCCAGUCCUGAAGAUCUAUGGAAUAUGCAGGGUUUGGGGCAAUCCAGGCCUGCUGAGUUAACGCUUCACUUCACAGUUGGGGAAAGGGUUUGCUGCAAAGUAGCCCCCUCUCUCGUAUGGAACCAACCUGUCCACUGUGUCCAUGUGGGACUAGAGAAUGUUUGAUGGUGCCAGAAGUCUGGGGCUUCCAUUUGCUCAGUUGCAGUGGAUCCAUUCCUAGCUCUAGCCUUAGCCUGUAUCCAAGGCAUACCCUGGGCUGAAGCUGACGCCACCGGAGCCAUUUGCUGUUUUAGCUCCCAUGCAAGGCUGCAGCUGACUCUUGACCGGACCUGGCUGAGCAUGCCCACACCUCCUGCCCACAGUGCUCGGUCUGUUUUCUGCAGCACUUGGGCAUGAGGCCCACCUAGAAGCUUUUUGGUGAGUUCCCCAACAGGCCUCACUGACCAAUGGGAUGGACCCUGCUCCUCCCUAAUGAUGAUGUUUUUUCUCUCUCCUAACAGGUUCAUGAGCAACAUGGGGGACUCCAACGUAGAUACCAGCGCCACUGUGUCUGAGGCAGUGACUGAAGAAAUGUCUCUUUUCAGCAUGAUGGACGUAAUUCUAUUUUCACUCAUUGUGGGUCUCCUAAGCUACUGGUUCAUGUUUAGAAAGAGAAAAGAUGAAGUCCCUGUGUUCACCAAAAUCCAACCAGCGACCUCCUCAGUCACAGAGAGCAGCUUCGUGGAAAAGAUGAAGAAAACGGGGAGGAACAUCAUCGUGUUCUAUGGCUCCCAGACGGGGACCGCUGAGGAAUUUGCCAACCGCUUAUCCAAGGACGCCCACCGCUACGGGAUGCGAGGCAUGGCAGCAGACCCCGAGGAGUAUGACCUGGCUGACCUGAGCAGCCUGGCGGAGAUAGAGAACUCCCUGGCAGUUUUCUGCAUGGCAACCUACGGCGAGGGGGACCCCACCGACAAUGCCCAGGACUUCUACGACUGGCUGCAGGAGGCCAAUGUGGACCUCUCUGGGGUCAAGUACGCGGUGUUUGGCCUCGGAAACAAGACCUACGAGCACUUCAAUGCGAUGGGCAAGUAUGUGGACAAGCGGCUGGAGCAGCUGGGAGCAAGUCGCAUCUUUGAGCUGGGGCUGGGAGAUGACGACGGGAACUUGGAGGAGGAUUUUAUCACGUGGCGAGAGCAGUUCUGGCCUGCUGUGUGUGAGCACUUCGGGGUAGAAGCCACUGGAGAGGAGUCUAGCAUUCGCCAGUACGAGCUUGUGGUCCACACAGACAUGGACAUAGCCAAAGUGUACACCGGCGAGAUGGGCCGCCUGAAGAGCUACGAGAACCAGAAACCUCCCUUCGAUGCCAAGAAUCCAUUCUUGGCUACAGUUACCACCAACCGGAAGCUGAACCAGGGGACUGAGCGGCACCUCAUGCACUUGGAAUUAGACAUCUCAGAUUCUAAAAUCAGGUAUGAGUCUGGGGACCACGUUGCUGUUUACCCAGCCAAUGACUCCACCCUUGUCAACCAGCUUGGUGAGAUCCUGGGUGCCGACUUGAAUGUCAUUAUGUCCCUGAACAAUCUUGAUGAGGAGUCCAACAAGAAGCACCCCUUCCCCUGCCCCACCUCCUACCGCACGGCCCUCACCUACUACCUGGAUAUCACCAACCCACCCCGCACCAAUGUGCUCUAUGAGCUGGCCCAGUAUGCCUCAGAUCCCAGCGAGCAGGAACAGCUGCGCAAGAUGGCCUCCUCCUCGGGCGAGGGCAAGGAGCUGUACCUGAGCUGGGUGGUGGAGGCCCGGAGGCAUAUUCUGGCCAUUCUGCAGGACUACCCGUCCCUGCGGCCCCCCAUCGACCACCUGUGUGAGCUGCUGCCUCGGCUCCAGGCCCGCUACUACUCUAUUGCCUCGUCCUCCAAGGUCCACCCCAACUCUGUGCACAUCUGUGCCGUGGUCGUGGAGUACAAGACCAAGACUGACCGAGUCAACAAGGGCGUGGCCACCAGCUGGCUGCGGGCCAAGGAGCCUGUUGAGGAAAACGGCCACCAGGCUCUGGUGCCCAUAUUUGUGCGCAAGUCCCAGUUCCGCCUGCCCUUCAAGGCCUCCACGCCUGUCAUCAUGGUGGGCCCCGGCACUGGCAUUGCCCCCUUCAUAGGCUUCAUCCAGGAGCGAGCCUGGCUGAAGCAGCAGGGUAAGGAUGUUGGGGAGACGGUGCUCUACUAUGGCUGCCGCCGGUCUGAUGAAGACUACCUGUACCGCGAGGAGCUGGCCCAGUUCCACAAGGACGGCGCCCUCACCCAGCUCAACGUGGCCUUCUCCCGGGAGCAGGCCCACAAGGUCUAUGUGCAGCACUUACUGAAGAGAGACAAGGAGCACCUGUGGAAGCUGAUCCACGAAGCCAGUGCCCACAUCUACGUCUGUGGCGAUGCGCGGAACAUGGCAAGGGACGUGCAGAACACCUUCUGUGACAUCGUGGCUGAGCUCGGGGCCAUGGAGCAUGCCCAGGCUGUGGACUACAUCAAGAAGCUGAUGACCAAGGGCCGCUACUCCCUGGACGUGUGGAGCUAGGGGCUGCCAGCCCCUGCCUGGCCCUGUACCUCACACCCCUAUAGACUUGCUCCCCGUGUAAUCACUUUCCCUACUCCCCCUACCAGUCUCCUUGGAGGCAGACCCACUGACAAAGACUCCUCCUGGCCCAAGAUGUGCCCUCCUCAGCACCCCCAGGCUGGCCAGUCCGCCUUCACCAGGCAACCCCGCCCAGGGCACGUGACCAAGAGUGGGCAGCCCUGUACCUUGUGAACGCCGCAGGCCCUCAGUGGCUGUGACAGAAGGGACCCUUCUCUCAGCUGAGCUGGGGCUUGGCCCCUCACAUGGUUUUCAGUGAGUGUAAAUAAUUUUAAAUAACCUCUGA